UAUUGACGAGCAUUUUAGCUUUUGAUGUGCUGUCACAUAAAAACACCGAAUAGCAAUCAUUUGAAAGUGAGAAUUCGGUUUUGAUUUCAUCAAUCAAUUAACGUAAUUUAAAUAAAGCACAUAACAAACAUAAUUGCAUAUAUAUAGGAUGGUUUUAGUAAACAUAAACAUUGUCGAUGAAGAGCAGAAAAAAGCAGUUCAGUCGUAUGAUCCACAAGCACCCGUAACGAGAAAGGGCGUGCUGCGAUCACUUCGGACAGGACGACCCAUUGAAAUACGCGAAGAAGAUAUGCUCGGACGAUGUCGAUUGGUCACUGAAUUUGAGAAGCUGAACCGCAUCGGCGAAGGAACUUAUGGUGUUGUUUAUCGUGCGCGUGACAGUCGAAAUGGUGAAAUUGUUGCAUUGAAGCGUGUUCGCAUGCAACAAGAAAAAGACGGUCUUCCAAUCAGUGGUCUGCGCGAAAUACAAAUUCUUAAAUCAUGUAAUCAUCGAAAUAUUGUUAAAUUGAAUGAAGUUGUUGUCGGGAAAAGUCUCGAUAGCAUUUUCAUAUCAAUGGAAUAUUGUGAACAAGACUUAGCAUCGCUGCUCGAUAAUAUGACCCAACCAUUUUCAGAGGCACAAUCAAAAUGUAUUAUUUUACAAGUAUUAAAUGGAUUAAAAUAUUUGCAUAGUCAUUUCAUCAUACAUCGUGAUUUAAAAGUGUCAAAUCUACUGUUGACCGAUAAAGGAUGCAUUAAGAUUGCCGAUUUCGGUUUGGCACGAUUGUUCAGCAAUUCCGAAAUGAAAAUGACACCAAACGUGGUGACACUUUGGUAUCGUGCACCCGAAUUACUUUUUGGUGCAACGACACACACAACAGCAAUUGAUAUGUGGGCGGCCGGAUGCAUUUUGGGUGAACUAUUAUUGCACAAACCAUUGCUACCGGGAAAAACGGAAAUUCAACAAAUUGAAAUGAUUAUCGAACUAUUGGGCACACCAUCGACUUCGAUAUGGUCAGAGCUUGCGUCGAUGCCAGCAUUAAAGAGUUUUACACUGAAACAACAACCGUAUAAUAAUAUAAAACAGAAAUUUCAAUGGUUAUCAAGUGCCGGAUUAAGACUUCUUAACUUUUUAUUCAUGUACGAUCCAAAGAAACGAGCAAGCGCCGAAGAAUGUCUAGAAAGCACAUACUUCAAAGAAAUGCCAUUGCCUUGUGAUCCUGGUCUAAUGCCAACAUUCCCCCAUCAUCGAAAUAUGAAAACCCAUUCGGUGACUGCAAGUAGCUCUCACAUUCAAUUUCAAUCUACAAAUGAACCAACACUACCGGCAAUCAGCGAUCUCUUGGGUUCUUUGAUAAAAAAGAAACGCUAUGACUAGAAAAAAAAAACUAUAAAUAAAAGAAACAUCAAAGAAUGUAAA